UGGGAAAGGGAAUAGCCCUGGGCAAAAAAAACAGGGAAUAGAAGCAUUCUUCUUUGACUGGAAAUCUUUGUCUCGAAUCGCAUCGUGUCUCUUCCAUUGUUUUCGCUGACAUACAAACUUCUCCCACCCGAACAUGCAGCUGGUGCAGGCUGCAAGUGCUUCACAUACCGCUAACGAUCGUCUCAGCUUUCAUUUGCAACAUAUAUACGCCCGCGGUUCGUUCGUUCAUUCCACGCUCGCAUUACCAGUCAGUUGAGUCGUGUGCGUCACAGUGCAUCACCGUGUUCUUAUGCUGUUUUUCGCAAUGGAAAAUGUGUAUGAAAGGUGUGCAAUAGAUAGAGAAUAAUAUUUUCCACCGUCAAGCGUUUGUGUUUGUGUGUUGUGGAAAUUUAGAUUUCGCUCAGCUCCCGGCGGCUGUGAGAGCGCAUCGAACCAUCUACUCUAGAGCACGAUCAAGUGAUCGCGGACCUAUUCCCUUCGAUCUGCAGCUCCUAGCAGCUGGUGCCUUUUUGGUGGAAGUUUCUAGUGCUCAUUACGAUAAAGUGUCACGGUGUCACACAACUGGUUUUGAUCACCGUGCACUAAGUCGUACGUGGAACCCGGCCACAGAACGUGUGAGAUCGUAGGAACAGUUGUUCAAUCUUCACGGCAGUACGGGAGGAGCAUGGCAUCACUAUCAUUACCCCGCGUAUUGCAGCACCGGAAAUCUCCCGUUGAGAUUGAGCGUGAAAAUCUCGUUAAAAAUUUGUAUCUAUUGUGAGCAUUUCUGCACGGAAACUAUUUGUAAAGCAAAGCAUUUUUGACUGUAAACAUGUCGCUAACGGAUAAGGAAUAUUAUAAUCUGAACAUCAGCAUUUCCAAAGCGCUCAGCAAUGUGGAAAUGCCGAUCAAGGUGAAGCACGUCCGGGCCGCUAUCAUUGGCACAUUCCACAGCAACGGGGGGCAUGCAUUUUGGGCCAUCGCCAUCCGGCAACCGAUACAGGACAAUCGUAUAGUGGCGUGGAAGUUUUGCCAUCUGCUGCACAAAAUAUUGCGCGAGGGCCAUCCACUGUGCUGUGCACAUUCCAUGCGGCAUCGUGCCAUGCUGCUGGAGGCGGGAAAGCUUUGGGGCCAUCUGAACGAUGGUUACGGUAUCUGUAUUAAACAUUACACCAAGCUGCUCGUGACGAAGCUCGAAUUUCACGACCGUAAUCCACGUGUACCGGGUAGCCUUUCGUUGCGCCAGGGCGAUCUGGAAAAGAUUGGUGAAGGAGACAUUAACAUUUACUUCCAGCUUGCCGUUGAGAUAUUCGAUUAUAUGGACGAUAUCGUAGCAUUGCAGGCAACAAUAUUUAACUCCAUCACAACAUUCUGCGUCAGCUCAAUGACUUCGGCAGGCCAAUGCCGGUUGGCACCGUUGAUUCCCUGCAUUCAGGAUUCGAAUCCCCUGUACGAUAUGCUUGUGCGUGUGAUGUUCAAGCUGCAUGCCAACUUACCCUCCGAUCUGCUUACCGGUCAUCGGCAGCGCUUCAAUACGUUAUUCCAUCAGCUGAAAUCAUUCUACGGCCAGUCGCGUAAUUUACAGUAUUUCGUUAAUCUGAUCACCGUACCAAAACUACCGGAGGCACCGCCAAACUUCGAGCAGCAAAGUGAUCUUGGCAACUAUCAAACGCCCGUAGUAGUGAUGCCGGACAGUGAUCCGAUCGACAAUGAACCGGAACAUCCCGCGAUAGACAAUCUAAUAGAUACGGCUGAAGCUAGCCCACCGAUACCGGAGUUACCGCAUGCAAACAAUCACCAUCAGACUGCCGCCGCACAACCGGUUGUUCCGGUGGCGCAAGUGAUGGAGCUCGAACAGCUAAUCCGCGAGCGGGACGAUUUGAUACGCCACCUGCAGAUGGAAACGCAACGAUUGUCCAACCAUCUGAAGGCGGUUUCGAUCGAGCAGCGUGAUGUGCAGUGCCGGAUGGAAAGCCAAAUAGCUACACUUAAUUCGCAGCUUACGCAGAGCCAGGGUGAGCUAACGAAUCUUCGGUUUCAAAAGGAAGAGCUUGAGCUGCGUAGCCAGACGGCACCAAAUCUGGAGCAGCGAGCCCAAGCGGAAGAAGAACGCGCGAAAGCCAGUGAGGAAAAGUUCCAAAAGUUAAAAACCAUGUACACACAGAUACGGGACGAGCAUGUCAACUUACUGCGUCAGAUGAAAAUAGAUCAAUACAGAUUAAUGUGCUAUAAAAAGCACGGAGAAAUCAGUAAGCAACUAGCGUCGUCCACGAAAGUUGCGGCAGAAGCGAGCAAAGCCAAGGAAGAACUACAAUGCCAGCUGCAGGAGCUCGAAGAAAAGCAAACCCUCGUAGCGAACGCACUGCAGCAAAGUACGAACGAUGCGCGCCAGGAACAGGAAGCAAUCGCCGAACAGCUGCAGGUUAUGACGCAAAAGUGUGAAUCACUGCAGAACCGCUACGAUGAGCUGGAAGCAUCGCGUGAAGCAGAAAUAGCACAGCUUCGCACCAGCCUAGAAAGGCUCGAGGGCGAACUGCAAACGUUCCAGCACGAGCGUGACACACUGUCGAACGAGAAGGGCACACUGGAGGAACGGCUGUCCGAGAUACAGAGUGAAAAGGAUGAGCUUGGUUUGAAGUACGAGGAAUGCUUGGGAAAGAUUACCGCACUGGAGCUUAAGACUGAUACGUACGCAAAGGAGGAAAUGUCUUUGCAGCAAAGUGUUAAUGAAAAUUCACUUAAAGCACAGGAACUUGCCGAUCGAAUUGAACAACUGCGGGCGGAAAAUGAUACACUCAAACAAAACUACACCGAACUCGAAGCAGCCAAAGCGUCACAGGAGGCAGAGUUCCAGCGGACACAUCAGGAGGAACUGCUUCGGUUCGAUUCGUUGCAAACCGAGAUGGAUGAAAAGCUGUCGGCGCUCGCCUCGGAAAAGGAUUCGAUAGUGGGCGAAAAGCAACAAACGUGGGAACAAUUGUUAGUGCUUCAAUCGGAAACUUCGCAAAAGCAGGCUGACUUUGAUUCCUUGGAGAAAGACCUUAAAUCCGUACUGGAGCAAAAGGAUCACGAGCUGGAAGAGAUUAAUGCAAAGUAUCGCGAACUGGAAGAGAAAUAUCAGAGUCUAGAUGCAAAUAUGGAACGAUUGCUUUCCGAAAAGGAAACGGUCGAAUCUGAUCUGCAAGAUUUACUUCACCAACAGGAGCAAACGGAACAGAGGCUGCAGGCCGCACUGAAGCAACUGGCAGGGGCUGAAACGGCGUUGAUCGAUAGUAAAAUUAGUGGCGAAACGGCACUUCGUACACUGCUGGAGGCGUGCAUUAAAUCGUCGGAAAAGCUAACGCUGCGCGCCAUUGGCGAGAAUGAAAUGCCCGGUGCUGGUGGCACACCGACCUACUUCCUGAUGAUUGCCGAGGAGCUGCAGGAGGUGCUGACUAAGUUGAGGAUGGUGCACGAGAACUAUCUGAAGGAUAAUUCGACGAACGUGGAAUCGUUGGCACGGAAAGUGAUUAUUGGUGCUCACCUGUUGGCUUCGGCACACGUACAAGGCAUGACCAUAUGUAACCGAUCGGCCAAUAUUGAAAGCGGCGAACGUAUUGCAGAAGAGUUGAAAAAACUCGGCCAAUCGAUCACGACCCUCUUUCAAUCGCUUCAGAAAACGAGCGAAUCUGGCACGGUCAGUGAGCGCAUCACCGACUUGAAGGUGAAACUGGAAGAGGUAACGACGAUGAUCGUUGACCUUGGCAAACAGACCGAUGGUACUGAGAAUUUGGGCGAUAUGGUCGAGUCUGAACUGAGCAGCAUGGAUAAGGCGAUCGAGGAAGCUGCAUCGCGUAUUCAGGAAAUGCUCUCCAAAUCGCGUGCCUCCGAUUCGGGCAUAAAGUUGGAGGUGAAUGAAAAGAUUCUUGAUGCCUGCACAAGUCUAAUGCAAGCGAUAAGAAUAUUGGUACAGAAAUCACGCUUGCUACAAUCGGAAAUUGUUGGACUCGGCAAGGGUACCGCUUCCGCAAAGGAAUUCUACAAACGUAACCACCAAUGGACGGAAGGUUUAAUUUCAGCUGCCAAGAGCGUUGCCCAAGGAGCGAACUUUUUAGUCACGGCGGCAAACAAAACGGUCGCUGGUGGUGCAAAACAUCAGCUAGAUUUGGUAGUUGCCGCACAGGAGAUUGCUGCCUGUACCGCUCAACUAGUAGUAGCUAGCCGCGUGAAAGCGCCCCGUUCCAGUUCUAACCUUACCGCGCUCGGUACGGCAUCGAAGAACGUUACGCAAGCGACCGGGAUUGUUGUUGCCACUGCAAAAGAUUGUAGCCAGCGGCUCGAAGAUUCACAGGACCUUGAUCUUGGCACACUAACGGUCCAUCAAGCCAAAACGAAAGAGAUGGAAAUACAGGUAAAAGUGCUGGAACUGGAACAAGCACUUCAGGUGGAACGGAUGCGAUUGGCUUCAUUCCGCAAAAAGAACUACCAACAACCAGUGGAAGAGUAGUAAUCCGGGUACAAGUAUCCGAACUUCUUAGUGUAAAGCGUAAGGGGUGGAUGGAUGCAUAUGUCUUCACCGAUUGUGACCUUUGUUUGUUGGCAAUCAAUAAUGGAUAACUUCAGCACGUGACAGUAAAGUAGUUUAUGUUUGUUUGUAGAAGAAAAAAAAAGAUUGUUAUAUUUAUGUUACAUCGGCAUCGGGCCACGCAUAUCAUAAUUGGAAGCAAUUAAUGGCAACGAUACGCAACAUCGACAUUAUUAAGUAAGGUUUAGCAUGCUUCAUCAAUCGUUAUAGGUGUUAUUAACAUUAUUUAAAUUUCUUUUUGUAGCAUUUAAGCGAAUGCAGUGGAAAAAAAUAAAUAAAAAAAGAAACCCCCGUUAUAAUGAAAAUGUAUUACUUGCAACGAAUAGGAUAUGUUACAUACAAAUAAACCAUCAUGAUUAAGCAAAAUCGAA